UUGAAGGCGUCGCUUGUCUCGAAUAUCAACAACGCCAAAUAAUUUGUAAACGUAAUUGCAAGGAGCUAGACGAGCGGAAUAGUAUCUCUAACAUUAAGUAUAAUUAGUUGGCUAUGGAAUCCCGAUUACCAAAACCUUCGGGCAUUAAACGUCCCCAGAUGCCGGUGAAAACCAUACUGCCUACAGAUCGAAUUCGCGCAGGGGGUCCUGCAGGAUUGGGAAUGGGACUAGGAGGUGCUGGUGGAGCCAGUGCCUUCAAUGCAAACCAGACGUACUGCGGCAACUUACUGCCUCCAUUGUCGAGGGACCUUAAUAAUCUUCCCCAGGUACUUGAGCGUAGAGGAGGCGGAGCGCGUGCUGCCUCUCCGGAACCCAUGAAGAUGACUAAUAGGGCCAAGCUAAGACGCAGUCGGAGCGCCUGUGAACUUCGCGGAAAUAAACGCACUGCUGUUGUUCCUUCAUUGCCUACUAUUCCCAGCAAAGUGACACGCCUUGCCAGCACGCUGACUGUUCCCAAUCACCAACCGGUGAGGCCUGGUGCUACCGCUUCAUCAGCAACAACCACAGCUGCUAAAAGACCACCAGUUACGCGUCCUGCUCCUCGUGUUGCGGCGCCAGCCACUACCAAAAAAACCGUAGGAGGAGCAACGAACGCAGGAACAAGCGCGUCUGCUGCCCCGACAAAACGUAUCGCUCCUUAUGACUUCAAGGCCCGCUUCCACGACCUUUUGGAGAAACACAAAGUUCUCAAAACCAAAUACGAGAAGCAGACAGAGGACAUGGGGGAGCUGGAGUCCAUGCCAACGCAACUAGAGGAAGCGCAGAGCAAACUAUUUGAGACGGAAACCUCUCUGAAGAGUAUGCAGACUGACAACGAGUGUCUCCAGCGGCAAGUUAAGCAACAUACCAAGAAUAUAGAGACAAUCACAUCAACGCUGGGCAAGACUAAAGAAGAGCUCUCUGAGUUGCAGGCAAUACACGAGAAAGUUAAAACCGAGCAUGCCGCUCUAAGCAAAGAAGUGGUGCAUUUGCGCAAGCGCACCGAGGAACUCCUGCGCAGCAAUAAGCAACAGGCCGCGGAAUUGGAAACUUGCAAAGAGCAACUUUUCCAGUCGAAUAUGGAGCGCAAGGAGUUGCACAAUACGGUGAUGGAUCUGCGCGGCAACAUCCGGGUCUUCUGUCGAAUAAGACCGCCGCUUGAGUCUGAGGAGAACCGAAUGUGCUGCACUUGGACGUACCAUGACGAGGCGACCGUGGAGCUGCAAAGCCUAGACGGGCAGGCCAAAAGCAAAAUGGGGCAACAGAUCUUCUCCUUUGACCAGGUCUUCCAUCCACUUUCCUCCCAGUCGGAUAUCUUCGAAAUGGUUUCACCGCUUAUUCAAUCGGCUCUGGAUGGUUACAAUAUUUGCAUCUUUGCCUAUGGACAGACUGGCAGUGGCAAGACAUACACAAUGGACGGAGUAGCGGACAGUGUUGGAGUCAUUCCACGCACAGUUGAUCUACUCUUUGACUCUAUUAGGGGCUAUCGCAAUUUAGGUUGGGAGUACGAGAUCAAGGCUACCUUUCUAGAGAUCUACAACGAAGUGCUGUACGAUUUGUUGAGCAACGAGCAGAAGGAUAUGGAGAUUCGUAUGGCCAAGAACAACAAGAACGAUAUUUACGUGUCCAACAUAACGGAGGAGACUGUCCUCGAUCCUAAUCAUCUGCGCCAUCUGAUGCAUACGGCUAAGAUGAACAGGGCCACUGCCUCAACGGCUGGCAACGAGCGCUCCUCCCGUUCUCAUGCUGUUACCAAACUGGAGCUCAUCGGUCGCCAUUCUGAGAAGCAAGAAAUUUCGGUGGGUUCGAUAAACCUUGUUGAUUUGGCCGGCUCGGAAUCCCCGAAGACAAGUACCCGUAUGACUGAGACGAAAAACAUCAACCGCUCGCUUUCGGAGCUCACAAACGUUAUCUUAGCGCUACUGCAAAAGCAAGAUCAUAUUCCGUACCGAAAUUCGAAGCUUACACAUCUCUUGAUGCCUUCGCUGGGUGGCAACUCAAAGACCCUUAUGUUCAUCAAUGUUUCGCCGUUCCAAGACUGUUUCCAAGAGUCCGUAAAGUCUCUCCGGUUCGCUGCCUCAGUGAACUCUUGUAAAAUGACAAAGGCUAAGAGGAAUCGCUAUAUAAACAACUCGGUGGCCAAUAGCAGCACACAAAGCAACAACAGCAACAGUUUCGAUAAAUAAAGAUAGUCUUGUUCUCAGUUGUAACAAUUUUAAAAAUUUCUAACCUGUUAUUCCUUAAUUUAUGUGUUUACUUUUAGUGCAAAUAAACUAAUAAAGUGCUGGAAUUCAAAGUUUA